UUUGCAUUAUUGUUACUCACGGUAGUUUUCUACAAAAUUGUAAUCGGCUAAGAAAAUGUGAAGGAUGUCUGAUGAUGCAGACAUAGCAGAGACAUGGAUAGAUUUUUAUGAAGCUAAUAAACCAAUACCUCUACAUCCAACGAGAAACAAUAUUACAAGCUCAUCUCCAUCGUUUCAAUUUUGCUUAACUAUAAAAAAUUUGGAAGUUUUUUUUCAGAAACCUGAUCCAUGUAACUUCCAAUUACGAAUCUCAUUUUAUGAUGCAGCAAACCAUUGGUUUUUCGGAAAUACAUGGAUAGGCUUACCGAUAAAGUCAACAGUAACAAAUAAUAAGUUGCAUGCAAUAAACAUCAAAGAUCAGCCUUUAUAUUUCCAAACACAAGUUAACGAUUACACGUGCAUGCUUGUGAUUGAAGUUGUUUAUUUAGCAAAUGAAAUUUCAGAAACUGUUGCAUGGACAUGGUUAAGAAUUUUUUCAAACAUUAAAUUUCUUACUGAUACAUUUGAAACAGCUUGUCCUAAGGUUAGCAGACUAGACUUGUUUUGUGGUUCACCUUUUGCACUUUUAUUAAUACCAGAACCUAUAGAAGAGUGUUCAUUACUUAAAAAAAAGCCUGGUGAAUUUAAUUAUACGCUUCAAACACAUCAAAAACUAUAUGAAGUUAGUCACCUAGUUCCCUUUAAUGUUGUUCUAAGUGGAGAUGACAUUAUACCUGGAGUAUCAGAAGAUAUAUCUGAAGAGGAAGGAGUUGUAGAUAUCUUACAAAAUCCACAGCCAAUUAAAACAUGGCCAUGUCAUCUUCUUAAGAUUUUAAUAAAUCUUACUCCAUCAGUGCAUUUAUUUGACGAGCAAGUCUGUAAAUUUCUAAAUGCUGAUCGGUUUGUUCGAGAUGAUAUAUCUCCAGAUGAAAGGACUGUCUCCAUUGCAGAAAAAAAACUAAAAGUUGGAGUUCAUAAUGGUUGGAAAUUUAUUAAAGAACCUCAUGUCUGUUUUCUAGAAAAUGAAUAUACUCAAAACUCACCAUCAAAUAAUAAAAGAACAGAAUCUAAUAAUCUAAAGGAAUGCAUAGGGCUUAUUGUUCAAAGUAGAUUGGAAUUAGACGAGAUAAUUUUUCACCCAUAUAUAGCAGUUAUCUUUCAGUUAGUGUAUGUAAUAACCAUGCCCAUUACAAUCAAAGAUACAUCAUCUCGAAAAAAAAGCAAUCAAAAGACAACUGGUCAACUUUUGACUAAAAAGGUGGAUGUGGCAAUGAGAACAGCAAUUUGGGUACCAUUUGAAAAUGGGAAAAUUUCUAACAAAAAUUAUUUGAUUGAUCUGAAAGGAGGUUUAUCUCCAAACCCAUUUAACACAAAAGUUUUUAAUGAACUUCAUUUUUCUUCUGAUAAGCAGAAGUCUCUAGGAAGUAUCCAAUUCAGUCUAAUUCAGCUUCAUGCCAAAAAAUCUAAUAAUAUACCUUCACGAAGAAGUACUCUUACUUCAGAAAAAAACAGCUCAUUGCCAGCAUCACAGGACCUUUCAGUUGCAGAUAGUGUUACCCACAAUGACUCUGUUCAUGAAGAACAAGCUUUAUCAAGUUUUGUACAAAAUGAUUUUACGACAACAAAUGCUCACCAAGUGCAACAGUCAAACAUGUUACCUCAAUCUCAGAUGUACAACUCACUUAUAACUUCAAAUACUUCCAGGCAUUCUACAUUAAGUAGAGUUCAUUAUUCAAUAUUACACUCAGUUGACUAUCCUAAAAUAACUGAUACUCAAGGCAAUCCCCCAUUUUUAAUUGAUACUCAAGAAAUUAUAAAAUACAAUAUUUCUCUGGAAACAAGAGAUGGUUUGCAUGCUAACGACAUUAUUUUUCAGUUCUUAGCUCUCUCAAGGUGCUAUCAUCGAAGUGUUUUUUUUACAUUCCAGUUUUAUAGGUUUCCGCAAACUACUACUGAAAGGUUGCACCUUAAAAAAUAUGGAGGCGAAGAAAGCAUUCAUGAUUUAGCACCAUGUAUAUUACUAAGAAGUGCAAGAGAUGGAAAUAAAUCUGAUAAUUCUCCACCUGGCUUAAUGAUAAAAUAUUUGGUUGAUCCAGCUUUUAUGCAGCUCAAUGAACAAGUAUCCUUCUUGAAGUAUCUUCAUGAUCAAUGUCUUUACAUUGACAUGUGGGAUGGUGAUUCUCUUUUACUUGUUGGGUCAACAUCAUUUCCAUUAAAGUAUCUUUUAAGACAGGGAAAAUCUGCUGUUCAGUGUUCCCAAGAGCUUGAUAUGUUAUUCUACGAGUAUACAGAGGAUAACACAAUUAUUGCUGGGAACUUGAUGCAAAGCAGUAAUCAAAGCAAUGCAAAAAUAUUCCUUACAGCAAAGCUUUUUUUUCGCAUUGCUAACAUUGGUUGCUUGCCUAGUUCCAACACAGAGAGACUUAACAACAUAAACUUUGCGCAAAAUAAUCACAUAAUAGAACCUGAUAAGACAAGUAAAUUUGCAAAAAUUAAGAAAAACCAAGUUGCAGCAAAGUUAUUGUCUGAUUGUGACUCAGAACUAGCUACUGUUUUGGUAGCACGAAAAGAUGUUAUUGGAAAGUCUUCUGAAAUGAAAAAAAAUGACAUAAAUGUUAUUAGAAAAAGGAAGAUGGACAGAAUGAAGGCUGUAAGAGAAAUUAAAGGUGGUGAGGACACACCAUCUAUGUUUGUGCUUCAAAAAGAAGAAAAAGUUCAGCGCACAAGAGAUUUAAGAACUAUACAAUAUUACAGAGAAAAUUUCAAGUCCAUUGGCAUUUCCAAUCGUUUAGAAGAGUAUAUAACUACACAUCAUAUGAUUUAUUCUUCUCUUGGAAGAGCUGAAUUUUUUGAAUUCUCGUUAAAAAAUCCAUAUCCUGAUGAUCAGACUGUUUUAAUUUCCAUAAAUGAUAGUGAACUAAAGGUGGUUUUAAAUUCAUUAGAGUGGCGUUUUCAUAAAAAACAAUGCGGAACACCAGGAGAGGUUGAAGAGCAAAUGUUUGGAACUUUUGAAGACGAUGUAAAAAUGUUUAUACAAGGAUGUGAAAAAGUCAAUAUCCCAUUAAAAUUCCAGUCAUUAACAGCUUCCAAUAUUACUCCAGAAAUAGGACCUUCUCAUCCACUUCAAAUUGAGUCAAGUAACUAUUCUUUGCAAACGUUUGGUAAAGAUACUACUCUUUCUUCUAAAGAAAUUAAGGUCAAGUUUAUUGGUAAUAAUAACAAACCUUUAGCAAUUUUAAUUGUUCAUGUUGAACUUCAUCCCCAUGCAAUAGAUCAAACAUUCCGUUUUUACAAUCCUGAGCAAACAUUUUUAAAGAAAUCUAUUCGUUUACCACCGAUGCAUACAUUGCCUGGUUCAAGUGUUACUGAUGAUACAUCAUAUCCUCAUUUGAUUUCUCUUUGCACUGAUGAAGAUGCAGUUUGUGAAACUCAUCCAGUAAAUUCUGGAGAACCACAUGAAGUGUUUUUAAAAGUACCUUGUGGUUUAUCACCAAGUGUUAGAAGAUUUUUUAUUCUCAUUUUCAUAGAUGAGUUUUGCGUUAAACCUUGUCAGAUCUGGCAGAUCUUUGUGCACUCUUUGCAGAAAAUUGAUAUCAGUGCAACUGAGGGCCAAACAAGCAAUUUUUCUGUGCUUUUGAAAGGAACACAAUCAUCUAGGAUGGUAAAAUGUUAUUCUUCACACCCAGAUGAAUUAAAGGUAUUGCCUAAUGAUCCAUUUAUGCUGAUUGCAAAUGCUGUUCAAGAAAUCACUCUUUAUUUAAGCCCUUUAGAACCAGGGAAAAGAAUGAUGUUUAUUAAUGUAGUUGAUCAAGACUUUCAUCAAUUAGUUAAAUCUUGGUUAGUAAUGACUAGUUGCAUUCCUCCAGUGAUAUCUAAAACAUUUGAAGUUCAUCUUAAAGUGGGUUCUGGCUCAAAUAAGAAAAUUUCUUUUACGAAUCCUUAUCCUGUGAAAAGAAAUUUUUAUUUUAAAUCAAAUCGCGAAGACUUAAUCAGAUUGAAAGAAGAAGGAGUUAUGCUUGGUGGUGGUGAAUCACAUAAUAUUGGUAUUUUAUUUCUUCCUCAACAAUCUUCAGGAUCAGCUAAUGUUUUAAUUUUUAUCAAUGACAGAUAUGGAAAAAACGAGGAAUCUUUUUGUAUCAAAGUUGAAUACUCUCUGUAAUUUACUUUUGUUGUGUAUUUUACUUUUGA